GAAGCACGUGGCCCAUCGCUCUUUUGACUCACAGCAACCGCCGUGGACUCGGGUUUCUUUUACUUGGAAUCCUUUUUCGCAGUUUAUACACAAAAUUAUUAAUAACCAUUACAAUAAUUUGGUGAUAACAAUUAAUCAUAAAAAAAAAAAUAAAAAAAAACGUGUUGAUAAAAGUGUUAAUUACAUCCAUAAAGCAUUGUUGUUAAAACUCUUGAGAAUGGAUAGCAAAAAUGAAAACAGUUUUAUAGUCGAGCAUCGGUGGAGCUCGGGGUUUCCAUUAGACAAUAAUUGGAGUCAGCCGGAAUGUUUCACGUUUCCAAAUUAUGAUAAAAUUUUUUUUUCCAUGCAUGUGAAAAACACCAAACCGACCUUUGAAGUUAAAAUUGUUAAGAAAGGUAUUUUUAAUCCUAGUCGAGCGAAGAUCACGAUAUAUUAUUUGGGAUCAUCUUAUAGUGUCACAAUGAUAGACUGGAGUGGAAAUGAAAGUGAUACAAUUUUGGUGAAAGAGCAGCCAUAUUCUAUCGACCGUGGGUUUAAAUGUAGAAUAGAGCUGGAUGAAAUUGAUUUUGAUAAAGCUGAUUUAAAAAUAUUGUCGUCUAUAUCCGGUAUCAAUGAUCUAAAUAAAUAUUUUCUUUCAUCAAAAUGGAGUGAUGUCACCAUUAAAGAUAAAAAUAACACAGAAGAACUACCGGCACACAAAGUCUUACUUGCUUCUAAUAGUUGUGUUUUUGAGAGAAUGUUUGAGACAAACAUGAAGGAAGCCAGAGAAAAUUGUAUUCGCUUUGAUGAGUUUGAAGCCGAUACCAUUACAGAAAUGCUAAGAUUUUUGUACACAGGGAGAGUUGAACCCGAGAAUGAUUACAACGUCCUUCUGAAAUUAUUAGAAUUCUCACAUAUGUAUCAAAUAACUAAGUUAACAAUUUAUAUGUCCUAUAAAUUGAUACAGAAUUUAACCGCUGACAAUGUCAUUGAUAUUUUGGUGAAAACCGAUAAAUUCAAUGUCCCAAAAUUACAUGAGAAAGCACUUUUGUAUUUAGAUUGCAUCAAAGAACGCAUUUCGUUUUCCAAAGCCUUUGAAGAAUUUAAUAAUUCUAAAGUUUUGAGGAAAUUUUUUAAAAAUAAAGUACAAAUGAAGAAUGAUGAAUUUGAUAUGGGAGAUGACCAGUAAAU